AUGUGCGGAUUUGGGGAUAAAGAUCGGCGUCCAAUCGAUCCUCCACCUGUCGUUAAGCUUCUAGUAUCUACUGCCGAUGGAACUUCUGUACCUGAAAGUUCCGUUGAUCAUUCUAUGAUGAUCGUACACGCUGCCUUAUGGUCCGAAAAUUGCAUGGAUGAGCGUAGCCUUGUAAUCAAUCCAUCAACGAUUCCCUCUCAAUCAACUGGAACCGGACCUAACUCCAUUUUAUCGUUAAACGCUCCUUCAUGCACCCGAAAUCUUAUGGGUCAUUGUACUUCAUCCGCAUAUGUUCUCACUGAUUCCUUGGGUCAACAAGGAAUCUAUUUCAUCUUUCAAGACCUAUCCGUCCGCACCGAAGGAUCAUUCACAUUAAAAUUUUCGUUUUGUGACGUAAAGGGUCUGCUUACUCGUCGUGGGACUGUUGCAGCCGAAGUGUACAGCGGUCCUUUUAAAGUAUAUACCGCAAAAAAAUUUCCCGGAAUGACAGAAUCAACUGAACUGUCGAAAGCAUUCGCAAAACAAGGAAUUAAAAUUCCGAUUAGGAAAGAUACCCGAUAUCGGAAAGAAGAAUCACGUGAUCUAAAGAAUGAAGUUGUUCCCGAAUCCGCACCUUCGGCGGUACCAGAAAAAACUCUUAGUGAUACUGAAGUUAAAGUUGAACAUACGGAAAAUGAUGAGAAACGUAGUCGUCACGAACUUUCCGAUAACGAUGCUGAUUCUGAGGGAGGGAAAG